AUUACUCCAAAUCCCACUUCUCCCCACAAAUCUCCCCUCUUCUCUUCUCUCAAAUAAUGGACUCACCAUCAACAAGAAGAAGGCCAUGUUUCAUCGAAGAAGAUGAUGGCCUAGUCUCAUUAGCUGAAACAGAAGCUGGAUUUUCGGGAAUCAACAAUAAUCAGAUCAAUCUCAAUAAUAAGAAUUAUAACCAAUACCCUUUGAUUUCAAGACCACUUUAUUAUACAGUUUCACCUAGAAGAAGAAACAGCUCAAGGAAUAUCUCUUCUUUUUCUUCUUCUUCUUCAUCUUCUUCUUCUAAUUCCAUGUCCUCUCCAAGAUCUGUUGUUACUUCUGCUGGAAAGUACUAUGAUGGUAGAUUUGAUGAACCCCAACAACAAUAUUUUUUGGAUGCUUGUUUCCUUUGUAAGAAACGCCUUGCAGUUAACUGUGACAUCUUCAUGUACAGAGGGGACACUCCAUUUUGUAGUGAAGAGUGUAGACAACAACAGAUAGAGAUGGAUGAAGCUAAAGAGAAAAAAUGGAACAUUUCUUCCAUUAAAGCCAUGAGAAAAAAGGACCAGAGUAAAUCCACUUCCCCCAACAAAACUUCAGAAGAUUACCCUUUCAGACCUGGAACUGUUGCUGCUGCUUGAGCUAAUGAAAAUGAAUCUAUAACAAUUAUCUAUAAAUAGCAAAGAAAUAUUAAUAUUAAAAAAAAAAAAAAAAGGAGUCCAUAUGAGGAAGGAGAUGGAGAAGAAAGAAUAUACAGAAGAGUUUUCUUUUUUAUUUUAUUUUAUUAAGUUUUGGUUUAUGAAAAGUAAAUGUUGAAAGUGGAGAGGAGGCUUUGUUUUGGCUAGUAAUGCUCUCUGAAAAAGUGGAAAAGUGUGAUGACUCUUUUUUUGGGUUUUUUGGUGCCCCUUUUGGGGUUUCUCUUGGGUUUUUCAUUGUGGAAUGAGAAGCAAUAACAAGGAAAGUUCUCCUUUCACUA